AUGCCUCGUCGUGCAGCAUCCCCAACGCUUUCAGAAAACGAUUUCGAUAUCACAAAAUCUCUUUUCAAUGAUGAUCUCGAUGGAGAUGAUGACGAUUUCGGAAACACAACUACUAAAAAUGUAGAGCCCUUGGAUGCUAACGGUAUACUGGAUUUGGGGCUUGAGAGUGAUGGGGACGGUGAUGGAGCUUUCAUAUCGGCACAGCAAGCGGCUGCGAACCGAAAGUCGUCGAAUGUUAAAGGGCAGAGUGCCAAGAAGGGUGGUGGAUUUCAAGCAAUGGGAUUGAACCCUCGUCUGUUAAAGGCAAUUGGUAGAAAAGGAUUCAAUGUACCUACACCGAUUCAACGAAAAACGAUACCCUUAGUCCUCGAUAAUCAAGAUGUUGUUGGUAUGGCUAGAACAGGUUCCGGAAAGACUGCGGCUUUCGUCAUUCCCAUGAUUGAAAAGUUAAGAGCUCAUAGUGCACGUGUUGGUGCAAGAGCUUUGAUUAUGUCGCCAUCCCGAGAAUUGGCAUUGCAAACAUUGAAGGUCGUCAAGGAAUUCGGAAAAGGAACUGAUCUUAAAUGUGUCCUACUUGUUGGAGGUGACAGUCUCGAAGAACAAUUCGGGUUUAUGGCCGCCAAUCCCGAUAUUGUUAUUGCUACGCCUGGUCGAUUUUUACAUUUGAAGGUUGAAAUGUCCUUGGACUUAUCAUCGAUGAAAUAUGUCGUUUUUGAUGAAGCCGAUCGUCUAUUCGAGAUGGGAUUUGCUGCUCAACUUGGCGAAAUUCUACAUGCCCUGCCGAUUUCAAGACAAACUUUACUGUUUUCUGCGACCUUACCAAAGUCCUUGGUAGAAUUUGCCAGAGCUGGUCUUCAAGAGCCAAGUUUGGUUCGUCUCGAUGCCGAAAGCAAAGUCUCCCCGGAUCUCCAGAGUGCAUAUUUUAGUGUUAAAGGUGCCGAAAAAGAAGGUGCUUUAUUGCAUAUCCUCCAAGAUUUGGUCAAAAUGCCUGUCGGCCUCCCAGAGAAUGCAUUGAAUGCAACAAACAGCUUUGACAAGAAGCGCAAGAGAGGCUCUGAUGGCCCAAUGAAGAAACUUAAGCCCACGGAGCAUUCAACAAUCAUAUUCGCAGCCACAAAGCAUCACGUCGACUAUCUCGCUUCUCUCCUUCGCAUGUCUGGAUUUGCCGUUUCUCAUGCUUAUGGUUCACUCGAUCAGACGGCUAGAAAUAUUCAGGUUGAAGAUUUCCGUACUGGAAAAUCAAAUAUAUUGGUAGUUACCGAUGUCGCUGCUAGAGGUAUUGAUAUUCCAGUUUUAGCAAAUGUCAUCAAUUACGAUUUCCCACCACAACCUAAGGUUUUUGUUCAUCGAGUCGGACGUACGGCAAGAGCUGGUCAACGGGGUUGGAGUUACAGUCUGGUUAGAGAUACUGAUGCGCCAUAUCUCCUUGAUCUACAACUCUUUCUUGGAAGGAGAUUACUUCUCGGACGCCAGGGCAGUAAUUCGCCAGACUAUGCUGAAGAUGUAAUUGUUGGCGCUUUACAAAGAAAUGAGAUUGAAAGCAAAUCGGAAUGGAUCACGAAACUUCUCUAUGAUGAUGAUGAUCUUACUGCCCUUCGAAAUGUAUCGAUCAAAGGAGAGAGACUUUACGUCAAGACUCGUAAUUCGGCAUCCAACGAAAGUGCGAAGAGAGCCAAGGAAGUCGUAGGGUCAAAAGGAUGGAUGGAAUUACAUCCACUUUUCAAAGAUGUAACCAAUGGUGCCGAACAAGCUCGAUUGGACAUGCUUGCAAAAAUUAGUGGAUUCCGGCCGAAUGAGACUGUCUUCGAAAUAGGGCAAAAGGGAAAAACCGCCCACAGUGAAGCUGCAGAAAUUAUGCGCCAUCGAAGGGAAAAAAUCAUUCCCCGGAGACAGAAGGAGGAGGAUCAAAAGGCUGCUGCUGCGGCAGCAGAGGGAGAUAACGACGAUUUUCCAGCGGAGGCAGACGAUGAUGAUGAUCUUGGCGUCACAGUUACUGGGGGAGAAGAUGACGACAUGGCCGAUGCAUCUGACGGUGAGCUUGAACUUACAUUCUCGAAGGCAGCUCAAAAAGGCAAAGGUCGAACACUUGCUUGGAAAGACGACGAUAAUUUCAUGUCAUACACACCGAAGACUAUCAAUACAGCCGAAGAACGUGGAUACGGUGUUCACUCCGGUUCCUACAACACAGCAUCUCAAAACUCCAAUUUCGUCGAAGCAGCUAGGGGCGUAACCAUGGACCUUACUAAUGAUGACGGGGCAAAAUCGUUUGCCGAACCCUCCAGGGCAAAGGGAAUGAGAUGGGAUAAAAAGAACAGCAAAUAUGUCGCCCGAGCAAACGAUGAAGAUGGAUCCAAAGGAACCAAGUACAUUCGCGGAGAAAGUGGUCAAAAGAUUGCCGCAAGUUUCCAGAGUGGUCGAUUUGACAGAUGGCGCAAAGCAAACAAGGUGGACCGUAUGCCACGAACCGGUGAUGCAGAACGCGAAGGCCCUGCAAGUGCUGGUGGGGUAGGACGAGGUGCCGGAACCAGAUAUAAGCAUAAGCAAGAAAGGGCGCCUAAGGAGGCAGAUAAAUACCGUGAUGAUUAUCACGUAAGGAAGAAGAGGGUGACCGAGGCAAAGGAGAAGAGAGUGGGUUCAUUCAAGGAUGGAUCGGGCAAGACGGAAAUCAGGAGUACGGAGGAUAUUCGCAAGGAUAGGAAAGUGCAGGAGAUGAAAAAGGCAAAGAAUGCUAGACCGGCGAAAAAGGGUAGAUAA